GAAAAGAGAAGAAUGAGAGUAUAAAAAGGGCGGGGUUUGAAGGAAGGGGGGAGUAGUAGGAGGAGGGGCAGUUCGAGGAGGAGCAAGCGAUAACCACCGAAGACAUGGAAGGAAACAAAAGGUUUCGUCUGGUCACGAUGUUUCUUCGAACGACUGCUCUAGUGGUAUAUCAGCAGCUUGAUUCGAAUGAAUUGGAACAAAAGGAAAAAUCUUUUCUUCUUCCAGCUUAUUAUAUAGAGGAUUUAAGAAAAAUCACAUUUUACAGGCAAACAAUAGGGUAUUUUUGCCUUGUUUUUUUUUUUUUGUUUUAUGUUUAGUGGUAGUAGGAUUUGAAUUGAACUUCACAUUGGCUACUGCUGGGGCAAUUGGGGCCACAGAGUGUUGUCUAGCUACUCUACACAUUCAUGUCCCUGCUGUGGUUUAGUAAUUGUAGCUUGGUCUAAUGCUUUUCCUGGUCUUACAGGGGUGCACGAUGGUACUCUAUGGAAAUGGUUGGAGUGGUUACAUAUACUGGGGCUAAAAUUAUUCAGAAUGCUCGCAUACUGGUUGAGAAGAUUGGAAAGCCACUUGAGUUAGAUACAGAUGGUAUCUGGUGUGCACUUCCUGGAUCUUUUCCAGAGAACUUUACUUUCAAAACAAAGGACUUGAAGAAGAAGCUGACUAUCUCGUAUCCAUGUGUUAUGUUGAAUGUUGAUGUGGCAGAAAACAAUACAAAUGAUCAGUACCAGACCUUGACAGAUCCCUUGGCCAAAUCUUAUACAACUCAUAGUGAAUGCUCAAUUGAAUUUGAAGUGGAUGGGCCAUACAAGGCAAUGAUUAUUCCAGCUUCAAAAGAAGAGGGAAUUUUCAUUAAGAAGCGAUAUGCAGUUUUCAAUGAUGAUGGGACCCUUGCUGAACUUAAAGGUUUUGAAAUUAAGCGUAGAGGAGAGCUGAAGCUCAUCAAAGUUUUCCAGUUGCAAGGUUCUUUGUGCUGGAGCAAAAUCCUCCACUAGCACAUAUGAGCAUAUGUGCUCUGUUACGUAGCAGCAGAUCAGAAAGCUUAGUUUGUAAUUCUUCUACAAGUUACCAACACAGAUCGCAAAAUCUCAUCGUGAAUCAUAACAAAACAAGUUGCAACAAUUUUCUUACUGGCAACCUUGUGAAGCUAGCUGCAUUGUACUUAUUUAAUCAGGCUGUGAUUUGUCUCUCUUCUGGUGUGGACAUAGUUCCAUUGGGCCAACAAUUACUUGCAGACCUUGAACAACUUGUAAUUACGGUCGGUUUGGCAUCGUCGGGAAAAUCCAUACAACCUCGGCCCCUAAAAAUUAUAUCAAAACAAUUUUGUUCCAGUCUUUCUUUAGGGUCAGCUUUUAUUUUGUUGUUUUUGUUUUUGUUUUUGCAGGUUUAUUUGUAUGUGUAGUAUUGUAGAUUACGCCAAUUAUUGUGAAAGAGAAUUUGAACUUCUGUGA